AUGGAAAGGGGCCUACGACAAGGUGAUCCACUGUCUCCUUUCUUGUUCGUCCUCGUUGUUGAUGUCCUACAUAGAAUGCUUGAGGAGGUGGUUAGAAACAGGCGACUUUCUCCGCUACUGGUCGGUAGAGAUCAUAUUGAGCUGUCGCAUCUUCAGUUUGCAGAUGACACCAUUCUGUUCUGCCCCCAAGAGGAAGAGACCGAAGCCGCCCUUCCAAUAAAAUAUUUGGGGAUCCAGCUAGGAGCUAAUCCAAGGUUGGUGAAGAUUUGGAAGCCGAUUGUGGACAAAGUGGAGGAAAAACUCAGCUUUUGGAAUGCCAAGGUUCCUAAUAAAGCCGGUAAAUUGAGAAGAUUCUUAUGGAGUAAGGAGGAUGGUAGGACUGGUAUGGCAUUGGUAAGGUGGGAGGUGGUGCAGGCGCCCAAAAAAUUUGGUGGGUUGGGUGUUGGGGAUGCCAUGCUACGGAACACAGCCUUUCUAUUUAAGUGGUGGUGGCGCUUUUUAAAGGAGGAUUGCCCGCUGUGGAAGAAGGUGGUUUGUACUUGUAAUAACCUGAACCCAGAUGUCUUGCUGUCCUCUCAGACUUUACCUAGCAAGGGGGCCCUUGGAAGGAUAUCUGUCAGAUGCAAUUCACGAGUCAGCAAGUUAGACAGAAGAUAA